CGAAACUUCCUCUUUCGAUUCAACCCCAUUCAGAACGUGCAAUCACGACUGAAAGGUUGUGUGCAUUUUAACACUGCUAAGGAAAAGAAAAGAAUGUCUAAUCUCAGUAAAAAUUUCUUUAUUGUGGCUGCCAUUGACUUUGGUACAUCUUAUUCGGGAUAUGCAUUUUCCACAAAGGAUGAUUUCAAAUUAAACCCUCUAAAGAUAAAUUGCAAGACAUGGACUGGAGGCAAUUUGCAGUCAUUGAAAACUUCAACAUGUGUGCUGUUUGACAAAGAAAAAAAGUUUCAACAUUUUGGAUUCGACGCCGAGGACAAAUAUAGCGAAUUGGGCGAUGAACAGCACGACUCUUAUUUCUUCAAGGGAUUCAAAAUGGAGCUUUUUAACCAACUGCAACUUACAAGGGACUUCGAACUCAAGGAUAUUUCGGGCAAAAAAAUGCUUGCAAUGGAUGUUUUUUCUGCAUGUAUAAAAUUUCUUAAAGAAGACUUGUUGCAAAACAUUAAGACAUCUCUUAAUUGGGCGACGGAAACAGACAUUCGCUGGGUCUUAACUGUGCCGGCUAUUUGGAAUGAUGUCGCAAAACAAUUUAUGCGUGAAGCGGCGGUAAAGGCAGGAAUAGCUGAGGAAAAAAUGAUUAUUGCUUUGGAGCCAGAGGCAGCAUCAUUUUGCUGCAGACAUUUACCGAUGUCGGCAAUGAACGAUGGCGCGAGCUUCGUUCCGUUUCAGCCGAACUCAAAGUAUCUCGUAUUCGAUGCAGGAGGUGGUACCGUUGACAUCGCCGUCCAUCAAGCUGUAUUUGGAGGAGGCAUAAAAGAGAUCUACGCAGCCAACGGAGGUGACUGGGGUGGAACGUAUGUGGAUAAGGCGUUCGGGCGAUUCUUAGAAGAAAUUUAUGGAGUCGAUGUUAUUGACGAAUUCAAAAAGGAGCAACCAUCUGACUACAUGGAUAUCUUCAGAGAGUUUGAAAUUCGCAAAAGAACGUUCAUUCCUUCCAAAAGUGGUGCAUUUACUAUGAAACCACCUAUUGCAUUAAAUAAAAUGUUUAAGAAAAAACAUAACAAACAUGUAAAAGAACACAUACAAACACUCCCACAGUACAUGGAUGCAAUAAAAGUGAUAGGUGAUAAAAUUAAGAUUGAUCGCACAGUUGGAGAAGGCUUUUUCAAGCAGGCUUGCGAACAGGCAGCACAGCAUCUUCAAAAAACUAUUUUCAAAAGAAGAAUUACAAGGCGUAACAACUGUACUCAUGGUAGGAGGAUUCUCCGAGUCAGGAUUGUUGCAAAAAAUGAUUGCUGACGUCUUGUCUUCAAACAUCCAUAUAAUUACUCCACCGGAUCCAGGUCUUGCUAUUUUAAAAGGUGCAACGAUUUUUGGUCACGAUCCUUUUGUUAUGAAAGAGCGACGUUCUAGAUUUACUUAUGGUGUCAGAAUGU